AUGGAGUUAUCCUGGAUGGACGACAGGCUACAGUGGAGUCGCGACACAUGGAAGAUGGAAAAGCUCCAGAUUCAAAGUCUAAAUCAUGUCUGGAUUCCGAUUUUCAUCGCCCAAAACUAUGACACCCAUCUGAAGAAUGGCGACGCUUUCGAAAUGCGUCGAGUGGAAACCACCUCGAGUGGCAAUGUCACAGCCGUCUUGGCCUUCUCUCUGCGAUCGUUCUGUGAUGAUUCGGACUUCGAAAACUAUCCAGAUGACGUCUACAAAUGUUGUUUCACACUCGAACCACAAACCAAUCCCGAUAUCAUCGAAUUUGACGCCUCAGGCCUUCCCAUCUUCACUGAUCCCAAAUACUUCCGCGAUUAUGGCUGGAAAGUGUCCGGCACGGUGCCGCAAACACUCGAAGAUCCUGCUCAAGUGGCUCAGCUCGGAUUCUGCUUGAAUCUGCAACGAGCCACAUCAUCUGUUCGAAUCGAGCUGACCGUUCCGUUGAUGGUGUGCGCAUUGCUGUUCCUACUGACACCAUUCCUUGGCAUGAUCAAAGUCCAGAUUUGCGCAAAGUUCUUCAUUUUGGCACUGCAAUUUCUGACGUUCAUACUGUUCUCAAAUCGGAUCUCACCACAUCUUGGAAGUGCUUCUGCCACACCGAAACUGCUGCGAUUCCUUGAAUUCUCUGUGACACUCAACGGAUUCUCACUUGCAGCAUCGAUAUUCCUUUGGGCUUGCACUCGAAUAAGACGAGACUUACCUCCAUGGGGUCAACUCACUCAGCUUUCAUCAUUUGUGAACCGUUUCCUAUGUGUUUUCCAAACUCAUGCUGCCGAAGAGGACGAAGGUAUCGAGAAAGCAGCGGCGGUCGGAAAUUACCAGAAGGACUGGACAGCUGCAUUCAUUGCCGUUCACGCCAUCACUAUGACAGUGUUUUCUAUAAUUUUUGUAUUCGGAUAUCUAUUUUUCUUCUAG